CGUAAGCUCGAAGGGUGUAAUCGUUUUGUACAGGAACAGCUGGGUUUUUCAACCAAAAUUUUACCCGAAUAGAAAACCUCCAAAAUGUCGUCACCACCACCGAAUAAACGACGGAUGGACACCGAUGUAGUAAAGCUAAUCGAAAGCAAACAUGAAGUAACAAUACUCAAGGGACUCAACGAGUUAAUGGUGAAGUUUUACGGGCCUAAAGGAACUCCUUAUGACGGCGGUGUAUGGAAAGUACGAGUUGAUCUACCUGAUAAAUAUCCAUUUAAAUCUCCUUCAAUUGGUUUUCUCAACAAAAUCUACCAUCCAAACAUAGAUGAAGCCUCAGGGACUGUAUGCCUCGAUGUAAUCAAUCAAACAUGGUCAGCGUUAUAUGAUUUAUCCAACAUUUUUGAGUCAUUCCUACCCCAAUUAUUGGCGUACCCCAACCCGGGGGAUCCCCUAAAUGGAGAUGCUGCAGCUAUGUAUCUGCAUAAACCAGAAGAAUACAAGAAAAAAAUCAGGGAAUACGUGCAGAAAUACGCAACCGAAGAAGCGUUACGAGAACAAGACGCCCAGUCGUCAUCUAGUGAAAGCUCCAUGAGUGAUUUCUCCGAAGAUGAAACACAAGGCAUGGAGCUAUAGCAUGUACUGUAACUCCGCUAUUUUUUUAUAUUUUUAAACAUAGUGUAUUUAUGUGGGAGCAUUUUUUAUACUGUUUGGAGGAAGGGUAGGUCUUCAGUUGACAUCAACGUGUAGUGUGAAGAAACUACCAGAGCCCAACAUUUUAAAUUAUUUAUUGAAGUUCCCUAAUCUAUACCCUUCUUUAGUUUUUUUCCAAACUGUUUUUUCCUUCUUUGUCUUGGAAUGGUAAUCUCAGUGUGCCAAGUUUGAUUGUGUUCAAGUCUUUGCCAUUUUUUGCAACAAGGAGAGUCAGAGUCUGAUCUCACUCUGCAUUAUGAUUUCAACUGCAGCACAAGAGGUUUCCUUCUGGACCAAACGCCCUCUAUCAUUCGCCAUACCCACAGAACGGUUAAUCCAAAACACCUCCCGUUAUUGCUGGUUGAAAUUCUGUAAAAUAUCAUUUCAUAGACUCAUUACUGUUGGCAUAGAUUACUCAUUUGACAUAGUUUGGUAUUCGCAUGAUUAAGAUUGUCAAGUGCUGCUCUUUAAUUUUGAAAGUUUGAAGUCAAGAUUUCUUGAGAGUUGAAAUCAAUCAAGGAAUCUUCUUUGUUUGUUAGUUUUAGAAAUAGGUCAGACCAAAAAUGUACCGCAGUUCGAAUGAAAUUUGAGAAUUUCGAGGAGUUUUGAGAUCCAAGACCCAUAGUGCUAGUGUCCCAUCCAAGAUUUCUUAUGGGAAAGUGUAAAAUGGGGAAAAUCUGAAAUGGCACAUUCUGGAAGAGUGCCCUGGGAAUAGGUUUCACAUUGAAAAUUGGGGAUGAUCUUUCAUACUGGCUGAUUGGAUAUGAUUAGAAUGUUUACACACAGUGAAAGAAAGUAAACCAAAAGAACUCCGCUCCAUUCUAGCUUACUAAUGCAACCUCAACUAAUACCUAAAUUAUUGCCUCCCAACUCGACUUUUUAAACGUUCUUAAUUUAUUUUUAGUGUCAUUCUUUUAUAAUUUAUGUAUUUAUCCAAAUCAUGCAAAUAACACACUGAAAUUAUACAAUUUUGUAAUUUCUACUAAUAUUUGGAAGAGAUAGCAAGCCUCAGACACAGUCACAAAUUAAUUGUUUUUAAUUAUUUGUCUUCAUUUUGUUGAGAAGAACUUGAAGGUUGGUUUCUUGUGCCCCUCCAUGACAUACCCCAGAAACAUUACCGGCUUUUGUGUUACCCUCAGAGGUUCAACUUGUCAGCCAAACCAGAUUGAUGAUUUACGAUCCUGGAUACAAGUAAUUAUCAAAAGGUAAAAUGUUGAAUUUAAAUCUGCUUUCUUCGUAUGAAGUUGGUGGAAACUUGAACCAUUCAUUCACUUGCUGCUUUCGAAAGAACAAUUUUAACUUAGCAUCUUGCUUAGCACUUUGCAUAGCAUGGCAAUGUCUGUUAAUUGCAGUGAAAUCUUGUCUUGUUAUGGAGAACUGGAAUGAACAUGUACAACUUUUCUCCCCAAAUCAUACUUUCAGGCCUGAUACUUCACAGAGGCAAUGAAGGCGAUUUCCCUCGUGCCCCCUGGCCAUUGCCUUGGUGCCCUUG